AUGCCCACUGGCGGGCCGAAGUUGUCGUUCGCCAACGGCGCUUGGUUGGACCAGUUGCUUUCUCUUAAGCCUUCUUUCAAAUUGGUGGUGGAUACUGUUUAUAAAGCAGCUUUAAAUCAUGUUGAUUUUCAAACUAAGGCUGUAGAGGUGACCAAUGAAGUGAAUCAGUGGGCUGAAACGGAGACCAAUGGGAUUAUCAAAGAAGUUCUUCCUUCCGGUUCAUUCGAUGCCUCAGCUAGACUCAUAUUUACAAAUGCACUAUAUUUCAAAGGGACGUGGACCGAUGUCUCCCUAUCCUUCGCAAAACAAAUACUAUCUCAAUCCGCAUCCAAGGACUCGAACCUUGUCUUCUCUCCCCCCUUGAUCCACGUCGUUUUGGACUUGAUCGCAGCCGGAUCUAAUGGCCCAACCCAAUCCCAAGUACUCUCUCUCCUCAACUCCGAGUCCACCGACAACCUCAACUCUCUCUCCUCCCAUCUCUCCCUUGUCUUCGCGGACUGCGGGCCCACUGGCGGCCCAAAAUUGUCGUUCGCUAACGGGGUUUGGGUGGACCAGUCGCUAUCUUUUAAGCCUUCUCUCAAAGAGGUGGUUGAUACUGUUUAUAAAGCGGCUUUGAAUCAUGUCGAUUUUCGGACUAAGGUCGGUUAG